AUGAAAGUUUUGAUUAAAAGCCUUUUAGAGGAUUUAGAUGUAACAUCAGAAUCAGAAUGGUAGAAAGGUAAAAAUUUUUACCUGAUGAUUUAGAGGAUAAGAUCAAAACCUGCAAGAAAUUCUUAAAAUAUACAAUAAUGACAGGAUAAAAUAGAGGAAAGGAUAGUUAAUAUUUAGUUAAAAAAUGGACCUUAAUGGGUAUGUGA